UGUGCCAUCUUGGUACACCCGGGGAGAAGGGACCAAACAUCCUGCUGGGUACAAAGAUGGCGGCUCCCAUGUUGUUAAGGGCAAGGCUGAGAGCUCUGAGUGGGCUAUGGCAGCUGCAGCGUGCAUAUAGUGGCUCUACCACAGCUGCUACACCACAGUAUCCAGGUAUUAUUGAAUCUCAAGAGGAAUAUCACUUUGUGGAGCGCCUGAUACCCCCUUCAAGGGUCCCUGAUCCUCCAAAACAUACACAGAGCACUCCAUCUGGCUGGGUCGCACCAAAAGACCCAUCCCCUGAUCUUCCUUAUGUGGUCAGACGUUCCCGAAUGCACAAUAUUCCUGUAUAUACUGAUAUAACCCAUGGUAAUCGUCAAAUGACAGUGAUUCGGAAAAUUGAAGGGGAUAUAUGGAGUCUGGACUCAGAAGUACGAGAAUUCUUAACUCAUCUGACAGGAAAGACACCACCAACUCAAGUAAACGAGAUCACCUGCUCUAUUAGGGUCAAAGGUUACUAUGACAAGGAACUUCGUACUUGGCUUGCAGACAAAGGCUUUUGACCUCUUUUUGGCCACUAGGCUCUUGUUUUGAGUGUGUAGUAAAAGUUGAUAAUUGCCCUCAAAUCGCAACACUUGAUAAAAAAUAAGGCUAUAUAUAAAAAAAAAAAAACUAUUUAUUAGAGUUAAACUUCAGUGAUGAAUUAUAAUUUUUAUACUUCAGCUAUCCAGACAGUUGUUUGGAUUCCAUAAUUUGGGUUGAGAGCAAAGCACCAGUGUGGUUCAGGUCUAAAUAGGUAUAACUUUCCUGCAACCAGUCAUCACAAAGAUAGUCAUGGUUAUUUACUUCUGAAAUGAACUAAAUCCAAAUGGAAAUAUUGAGGCAAAUAUAGAUCAGUUAUUUCUGACCCUUUUUGUUUCAUUCAAAUGUAAUUUAUAAAAAUGUGUAGAGUUUAGUGAAUAACCUUGAAUGGUGGGGAAAGUUAAUGUGCACCCCUGUUGUAUCAUAAGUAAAUAAAUGACAUUUUCAU